CUGUGUCAGGGCGUGAGUAUCGUAUACUUGAAAUUCACACUUUGGCAAAGACCUUUGGAAGAGCCGUGCUUGUUUGGGGAAGUGUAAAAGUAGAUCGGUGGCAUCUGCAUCAUAAAACACUCGUGUGAGAAAUUGUUUCCCGGAAAAGUCCCUCGUGCUGUGAAAAGUUAAUUUUCCAAAUGGUUUUCGAACUGCAUAUAUUUGAUAAGUUCACCUGUUUCGGAGAAUAAUAGAAAUGUCAUGUGUAAAUGAUGCAAAUAUAGAGAAAGAUGUGACGGCAUUGGUGGUAUUGUCCGGAAUUCAGACGUUUUUCUGUGUGACAAUCAUAGCUUCCAUUGCAGUGCUGGCUUUGUAUAUUCGCCAACAGUUACUGCUGCUUCAAAAUCUGAUGAGAGCAAUUUUACUUCCGAUGACGAAUGAAGUAAUUGAAAAAGACUGCAGAAAAAGUAAUGAAAUAGACACGAUAAAAGACCCUGAUACGGUCAAUCACGUGACCGCAGCGGAAGAGCAAUCAUUUCCUGUGACAGAUCCAGUCAAACUUAUCAAUGAUAUCGUCCAACCGGAAGGAACCAGGAAAGAGUGCAAAUCAGACAGCGAGCUGUCAAUCAAAAACAGGUUAAUUCUAUUGUCAAAAUUACAGGCGGAUCUAAAAGACAAAGUGGUGUACGAAAGGUGUCGUCUUCCUUUUGAAAAUAUUGACAAUCUCAAUCAAUUGCUGGAGAAAAAGUAAAGCAAGAAAGAACACUUUGCCAACAUUAAUACUUUUUAUUUGUCGAAGCAUGAUAAUUAUCACAAAUAUUUAUUAUAUGUAUAUUUUCUGCAUUCAUUUUCCCCUUCCCGUAAACAAAAUUAUUGGUUUCAUGGGAAUCAUAUUUCCAUGCAAGUUUUCCGGGUUAUAUUUUGAAAUAAACAAUUAUUUCCAGCUCAAA